UUUGUAACAGAUAUUUUCAGUUAAUAUGUUAUCUUAUCCUUCUAGCCAGUAGUUUCCUUUAGCCAAAAAAAAAUGGGUUGUUCUUUGAAUACUCAUUUGAAUUAUUUACCUUCAAUUACAUUGAAAAAUGGUUCAGUAAACAGAAUUUCUAAGAGAGUUUCUUGUUCUAUGUUGAACACAAGAGCUAUGGCUAAAGAACUGCAUUUUAACCAUGAUGGUUCUACCACAAAGAAGCUUUUGGCAGGUGUGGAUUUGGUGGCAGAGCUGAUUGGUGUAACUUUGGGUCCAAAAGGAAGGAAUGUAGUUCUUGGAAAUAAGUAUGGUCCUCCCAAGAUUGUUAAUGAUGGUGAAACUGUUCUUAAAGAGAUUCAGCUGGACGAUCCUCUGGAAAAUGUCGGAGUAAAAUUAGUUAGGGAAGCCGGUGCCAAGACUAAUAAUCUCGCUGGUGAUGGUUGCACAACAUCUAUAGUGCUUGCUCGAGGUCUGAUUGCUGAAGGUGUCAAGGUUACUGCAAUGGGCGCAAAUGUUGUCCAAGUGUCUCGUGGAAUUGAGAAAACUGCUAAAGCCCUCGUUUCUGAGCUCAAGUUGAUGUCCAGAGAGGUUGAGGAUCACGAACUGGAAGAUGUUGCUGCUGUUAGUGCUGGCAAUGAUUAUGCCAUCGGGAAUAUGAUUUCGGAAGCUCUUAGGCAGGUUGGAAGAAAAGGUGUUGUCACAAUUGAGAAAGGGAACUAUACUAAAACCAAUCUAGAAGUUGUCGAAGGAAUGCAGUUUGAUCGUGGCUAUUUGUCACCUUAUUUUGUAACUGAUCGACGAAAGAGGAUUGUUGAACUUCAUGAUUGUAAGUUGCUUUUGGUUGAUAAAAAAAUUUCAAACCCGAAGGAGUUGGUAAAAAUUUUGGACAAUGCAGUAAAGGAGAAGUACCCGGUUUUGAUAAUCGCAGAGAGCAUUGAACAGGACGCUCUUGCUCCCGUGAUUAGGAACAAGCUCAGGGGUGUCCUAAAGGUAGCUGCAAUAAAAGCUCCAUCUUUCGGGGAGCGCAAGAGCCAUUGCUUAGAUGACAUCGCUAUCUUGACUGGAGGAACUGUGAUCAGAGAUGACAUGGGCUUGACUCUUGAAAAUGCCCACAAGGACUUGUUAGGCAGUGCUUCAAAGGUGGUCAUUACGAAGGACUCUACACUGAUAGUUACUGAUGGAAGUACUCGAACGGCUGUUUCAAAGAGGGUUACUCAGAUACAAAAUCUUGUCGAGAACACAGAAGAAAAAUUCCAAAAGAAAAUCUUGAAUGAAAGAAUUGCGAGAUUAUCCGGUGGUAUUGCCAUCAUUCAGGUGGGAGCACAAACACAGGUAGAGUUGAAAGACAAACAACUAAGGAUUGAGGAUGCCCUCAAUGCAGCACGGGCUGCUACUGAGGAAGGAGUAGUAGUGGGCGGUGGAUGUUGUCUUCUGAGGCUAUCAUCAAAGGUGGAUGCUAUCAAAGAAAUGUUGGACAACGAUGAUCAGAAGGUUCAUGUUCUUAUUCAGUUUCAUUUUCUGAAAGCUACUUUCAUUUCAUUAAACUAUCUGAAUUCUCAGUUUCUUGAGCUACUUGCUUUUCAUCGCGAGUAUUGGAUAGUUGUGUUUUCUCCAACUGGUGCUGCUUUUGCUAAUCUGAUCUCUGGACCGACUGUUUACUCGAAUUAUUCACAGAUAGGAGCUGAUAUUUUCAAAAGAGCACUAUCGUAUCCUGCAAAACAGAUUGCAAAGAAUGCUGGUGUAAAUGGGAACAUUGUUGUAGAGAAGAUUUUUUCAGUCGAUAACAUGAAAUAUGGAUAUAAUGCUGCAAGAGAUAGAUAUGAAGAUUUGAUGGCUGCCAAAAUUAUGGAUCCUACAAAGGUUGUUAGAUGUUGUCUAGAGCAUGCAGCAGCAGUUGCCAAGACCUUCCUGAUAUCAGAUGCCGUUGUUAUUGACAUCCCCGAACCAGUAUCAUCCAGACAAAUAAGACGACCACCACCAAUGCCAACUUCAGGUCCCAGGCUCUCUGGUCUCUCAGGUCUAGAGGCAAGGGCAACUGGUCUCUCAGGUCUAGGGGCAAGGGCAACUACUCUUUAGUUCAGACAUGAAGUAUUAGCUCAUCGUAACAAUGCCAACUUCUAACAAUUUGUGCCAUGAUCACCGACAAAAUCCUCAGAUGUGAAGAUAGCAGAAUUGAUCAUUUUUCACCAUCAAGUGACACAUUCAAACUUCUCGAAUCUCCAAGAGAACAUAUCAGAUCAUCAGACAGGAUUAUGCGCGAGUAGAAGUAUGUGCCUUGCUUGAGGUUGCAUGAAAAUAAAUUGCAUUUUCGAGCACAUUUUUGUAAAUUUUGAAAGAACUGAUAGUAGAGCGAUCCAUGAAAACUGAUGUGGAUUGUGUACGAGCAAUUACUUUCGUAGCUGGAUAAAGUAUAUUUUUUUCACAUAUGUAGUUCUGCUCAUAUCAAUAGAAAUACAAAUCUGAUAUGCAAAAGUAUAAAGACUGUUUGUAAUAAA